AUGGUAAUUGAGCACAACGUCCAGGGUUAUGAUGACUUUAAGAAAUUAGUCGGUGAAUUGGAACAAUCGGGCAAGCCGAUAUAUGUUCUCUUUUCCGGUGGUAAAGAUGAAAAUGGUGAAAGCUGGUGUCCCUAUUGUGUUACAGCGGAACCAGUUGUCCAUGAGGCUCUAUCGAAGGCACCGGCCGAUUCCCAUUUUAUUCAUGUAAUUGUGGGCGAAAGAAGCUAUUGGAAAGAUCCGAACAAUCCGUUCCGAAAAGAUCCCAAAACACAUUUAGUUUGGGUACCGACACUUAUGCGAUGGAAUACACAGAAACGUGUCGACAGUGAUCGCUGCUCCAAAAAGGAUUUGGUCGAAAUGGUUUUCGAAGAUGAUGAAUAA